AUUGCAGAACUGAUGCAUACAGUUCAGUUUGCAGCAAUCAAACAUAGAGAUCAGAGAAGAAAGGACCAAUAUAACUCACCUUAUAUCAAUCAUCCAAUUGGUGUAGCAUGCAACGUGAUCAACAUUGGAAAGGUCUAUGAUCACGCCACUAUUCAAGCCGCUUUGCUGCAUGACACUGUGGAGGACACUGCCACCACUGAGCAGGAGCUCAUCGAUACAUUUGGAGCACAUGUAGCCCAGCUGGUAAUGGACGUCACCGAUGACAAGAAGCUCUCAAAGGUCGAUCGCAAGAGGCAUCAGAUCGAGCACGCCCCACACAUCCACCAGCAGGCCAAGAUCGUCAAGAUGGCCGACAAGCUCUACAAUCUCAGCGACAUUAUAAACAACGCUCCAGCAGCCUGGUCUCUGGAGAUCAUCCAGGGCUACUUUGUCUGGGGCAAGGCUGUCUGCCAAGGUUUGCGUGGUGUCAACAAGGGAUUGGAGGAAGCACUCGACAAGCUAUUCGUAUCCAACAUCAUCUACAAAGGACAAUCCUACCCUGUCAUCCCUUGCAAGCCAGAGGAGGAGACUGCAUUCCUCGAGGGAUACUACAAGUUGUUG